GUACAUCCUCUGUAUCCGGCUAGUAAAAGAAGCCCUCAGCAUGAAGCAACUAGUUCUUUUGGCGAUAUGCUUUGCCGUCGCGAGUGCCGCGGGGCACUGGAAGCCAGGUUUAAGUGUGCGCUUCGACACCAGUUCAGUCGGAGCCGGCAGCGCCUUCUUCAUCCCUCUCCCUCAGACCGUGUCUGAGGCCAUGAGCGCCCGCUGGUUGGAGACCCCCCGCCCCGCCGGUCCUCUGUCCAGCCUGGUGAUGUUCUGUCCCUCCCAGAACGACGUCGUCGUCUGCGUUCUCUACGACGACAACGGGUUUAGCUCUGGUCUGCAAAUUGCUCUCCCUGAAGACAGCUUCGCAGACGGUGCUCUUGAAUGGAAUGCCCAAGGAUUCACAAAAUGGACGGCGCCCGCCAACACCGAUGGAGUUGAGAGGACGUACUGGACUAUCCAACAAUACUUCAUCUCUGAAGAAUUCCUAAGCAAGAGCAAGGAAGAGCGACUGGCUUCCCGGGUGGAGGGCAAGAUUCUGCAGGAAGACGCGUUGUGGGUGACCGGCUUCUACGGAGAGCUGAUGAGGAUCUCAGACGACGCCAGUCAAGUCAUUGACACCGCCACCACACACUUCACUAAGCAAGCUUGCAUUCCUGCUAUGGGUCGCCACUACUAUUACAACAUGACAAAGGAACUGGACUGCACGUCGGAGCAGCUCCUGCCCUGGUUCCCUCUGCUGGACAUGUCCACCAACCAGCUGAUCGCUUCAGGGUUCGGAACCUUCGGCCAGCUCCCCGUCUCAUCUCUCGUUAGGGACUACUUUGAGAGGGGAAACAGGAACCUAGUGCAGGUCAUCGUUCCCACCGCGCCCGAGUGCAUGUUCGACCUGGCUGAGAACCCCGGACUUCUGACGAUGCACAUCUACUACGUGGACGCCCCAACACACAUCAACUGUCUCUUUGACAGCGACUAACCAACUUAUCUAGAUCUUACUGUUGUAGAAAUACUGAGGGUAUUAUUAGUUUAUAAAAUAAAUCGAAAUAAAUUAAAAGUGUACUUUUAA